GACAUACAUGAGUGCCGUUGAAUGUCACACAAUGCAUUUUCAGACAUGAAUGUCAGUCACAUGUAUGUAUCUCUCUUGUCUGUCUGUGAGAACAGACACGCAUCUACAGCGCAUGCAUCUGCAGCGCCAACUCGACUUGAAUGCACUCGUUGCGGCCAUUGCACGCUCCACCACACAGGCACAUCCACCAUGACACAUUGAUACACAAACACACACACACACACACACAGACAGUCGUCCCCAACUCCAUCCAUCCACUGCCCCUACGCCCCUCUCUCUCUCUUCUCUGUGUGUCGGUGAAGGCCUGGACAGCUCUCGCCAUCGGUCGGUCAGCCGAGCUACGGUUGCUAUGCUACAGAAGGAGUUAGUCAGCCAGUGGACGGAUUGGUGGGUGGGUGAGGGCACCAGCCAGCCUGCCAGCCUGCCUGCCUGCAAGGUCCCCAAACAGAGACAGGUGACCCCUCCCUCUACACACAGAUAGAUACGUACGUCAGCAAGGUAGAUAGGCGGCAAAAAUCCCAAAUGAACCGGAGUGAGGGAGUGAGCGAGUGAGUCGGUCAAAAUCGGUGCAAUGCAAUGCAAUGCAAUGCAAUGCCGCACACAAGACAACACAGCUUCUCGUCUGUACACAUGACCAAGUAUGUAUGUAUGUAUGUAAUACAGUCAGUCACGCGUGGGUCGGGUCGGCCAAAACCACCACUGUCUAUCCACAGGACAGGCACUAGGUCCCCCUCAGCGGGUCAGUCAGUCGAUGAAGACGAAUGGCAGGCACUCUCAUCCUCCUGUAGCUAGUAUGUAUGCCUCAAACACGUGCCAGCCACACCCAUUUAGUCAUUGUACACCCCUGCCCCCCCAGGCCCAACACGAUACCAGCGAGACGAAUGCCAAAAGAGACCCAGCACCCACCCACCCACCCACCCACCCUUACACAGAUAAACCAAUGUGCGAGCACUUCGCUGUCCCUCUCUGACCUUUCUCAUCUGAUCUGCAGCAAUCGUCCAUGUCAACCCACCGGUGACCCAGCCGGCCCGGCAAGAUACAUACAUAUUGCUAUCGACACCCUUAGAUUUCCCUCCGCCCACCCAUUCGUUCCAUCAGUCUGUCUUCUUAAGAGUGACUGUCUGCUAUCGGUCUGCAUCCGCGAGCACAAAGCUCGUCUGCUCCAGCACUUGCCGCCCUCCAGGGAGACUUGGUGACAACGCUGGCAGCCGCAUGCCGCUCCCUGCCUCGGCCGGGAACACAUCCGCUCCUCCACUCCUUCCCCACACACGCUCGGACAGGCCGAGGAUCAGCUGCCUCAGCGGCCGCCUCUCAGCUGUCGGUGUCUGUGAUAAUGCUGUGUCCUGUGCUGCUGGUGUCUGUGCUGAUGCGUCUGCCUUGAGGGAUCGCUGUGCGGUCCUGGGGGUGAGUACGGCCUGGUACUGGUCGUUGUUCUGCAGCAGCUUGAUGGCCGUGGCCACCAUGGGGUCGUACUGCAGGUUCUGGGAGAGGCGGAGGGUGUCGGGCAGAUACCUGCACACAGGGAGGGACAGAGGGAGGGAGGGACGCAUCAACACCAGGUGGGUGGCUGUCUGGAUCUGGAGGUGGUUGUGGUUGUGGUUGUGGUUGCGGGUGAUUGAUUACCUUUGUUUGAUGGCGUCUGCGAGGUCGAGUUUGAGUUCCUUUGCGUUGCGGACAAAGUCAUUCUUGAUCUCCUUGGCCAAGUCCUCCCUGCAGCCAGUCAGUCAAAGACGCCAUAUAUCAUAUGCUGUCCUGCCUGCCUGCACUGGGGCGUGUAUGUAUAUAUGUCUAUGUGACCUAAGUUGUUGUAUUCCCUUUUCGACCGCCUUUGUAUACGACUGGUCGCUGCGGUCCAACUCCUUCAGCAACGUACCUGCUCACACACAAGAGACACAGGGAGGCAGGCCGGAUCGGAUCCCCAUACACACACACACACAUGGGGUGAGGUGGUGUGCCUUGGCCGCGCUCUCUCACCUAGGUCGUUCAGUUGCGAUGCGUAGAGAGUGUCGAGUUUGAUCUUGCCGCUCUUGACGCGCUCCAACACCCACCUGUGACCAUAUAUGAAGACGCAGGGCAGGCAUAAUGGAAGGAUACUCGUCUGUCUGCAUGAUGUGUGUCCAUCCAUCGAGGGAUGUUUGUCGGGUAGGUACCCUUGGAAAGCGUCGUAGAUGUCGUCAAUCUGGCUGUCGAUCUCACCACGAUACUGCAAACAGUGCAGUGCAAUGGGCACAGAUAUGAUGCCUGUGUGAGAGUCUGUCCGGUGUGGUUCGUCUCCCACGCACCUGCCCACCCACCUCAUUGAAUUUGGACCACUCAGCCGCAUAGUCGAACAUAGCUCCCUGAUAGAUACACAAACACAGGACUCGGGAGGGACACACACGUGUGUCGGUGUUCCUUCCCAACCCACGCACCCACACAGACAAGAGGAAGAAGCGUUUGGGGGUACAUACCUGUGAGAUGAGUGUGAUCUCGAGAGGAGAGGUCUUGGGCAGGUUGACCUUUACGUCGGCCUCGAUGCCGCCACCGUCGCGCACGUACCGACCCCCACGCGUCUUGAACACCUUCCUCUCGCUCUCGGAUAUCUCGUCAGACAGAUACCUACACACACACACACACACAGAGAGAGAGAGAGAGAGAUGGACAUGAAUGAAAGCAUAUGCCCUGUGCAUCUGUCUGUCGACACACACAUGUGUGUCACACACCUGAGGUCGCUGUCGUCAGUUUUCCUCCGUCCGUUCCUCCGUGACUGUGGGUCGGUCGUCGAUGGCCCAUUAAUGGUCUCCUGCGGGGCCGUGGGUGUGCCCUGGGUGUCUUCGUUGGGGGUCGUGGUUGAGGCGUCGGCCAUGUUGACGCCGCCCUCCGAGUACUUGACGCUCUGGAUGCACCGACCGCUGGGCGUGUAAUACCUGCACGCAGGCAUGCAGAGAGGGGGGGAAGAAGGUGCGUGUUGCUCUCUCUCUCUUCUGCGAUGGCUGGCUGACUUUGCGACGGUAUAUUUGAGAGCGGUGUCGAAGGGAAGGGCCUCGACGUUCUGGACCAGACCCUUGCCGAACGUCCUGCAGCAGCCACACACACACGCAUGGCAUGUAUGGAUGGAUGGCGUGAUCCGCUUAGUUACUGGCUCACUCACCUUCCUGUGCCGACGAUGACGCCACAGUCCAGGUCCUGAAAAUGAGACGAAUGAAUGGGCUGGCCGGCCAUGCGACUACGUACGUGUGCCUGCCUGCCUGCCUGGGCAUCGAUCGCAUCGAUGUAUGUAUCUAUCCCCCACUGACCUACCUGUAUGGCGCCCGAUACAAUCUCAGCUGCAGAUGCGGUGGCUUCAUUCGUCAGAAGAACCAACUUGACGCUCGGGUCCAACACGGGCUCGGUCGUACUCCUGGUGGCUCACACCAUACACACACACGGAACGAUGAACCAACCUCGUGUGUGUGUGUGUGGGCGUGUUGUGUUGGUCGUUCUCACUCACUUGUAGGCCACUCGCACGAACGAUCGCCCCUGUGCGCUCACUAUCUCCGACCCCUAUGUGUGUCACAGAUACAUACAUACACGCAUCCAUCGACCCACUCAUUAACGUGUCAGUCCGUCUGUCUUUGUGUGUUUGUUGGCUGUGAGCUCACUUUGGGUACGAACAGUGAAGCGAUGUCGACGGCCGAGUUGAGGAGGCCGCCAGGGUUGCCCCGCAGGUCCAGCACCACCCCGUCCAGGCCGGCUCGCGGGGCGUUCUGCUGCAGCCAACGCAGCGCCACACGCAUCUCCUGCACCCACCCAACCAGGCCAGGCCAGGACACACACAAGGAACUCAGUCAACUCGGUGUCGCGUAUGUAUGUAUUGUGUGCAUGGAGGAGUGAGUGGACGGGGGGAUCGGUUUGUUGUGCAAUCCAAGCUGACGGCGAAUGAUGAGGCUGAGAAGCCACUGAGCUGGAUGUAACCUGCACACGCACGACACGACAGGCAGACAGACAGACAGACAGAGGGAUGGGCUGGGCUGGUGGUACUCCCUCGGUUGGUUAGUUACCGAUUCCAUCGUCUCUGCUGCCGAGAUAUUGGAAGAGCUUCACAUUAGGGACGCGGACCAGCCGACGCGUGAGCGUCACCUGAAGAAAGAAGGAUAGAUACAAACCAAAGCGUGGCGCACUCUCAUGCACACGAAGCGGAAUGGCAUGACGAUCCGUGCACUGAACUCCACUCACUGCCCGUCUGUCUUUCUUCUCACCGAUUGCAGUCCGUCGACGCCAUCCCUGAUGAAGGCCACGUUGACUUGCGAGUCAGGCGGGCCCCUUAGCAUGUUUUUGACUGCAGUGCACACACACCACAACCCCACCAACCCACCCAAAUCUCCUGUGGGCCCCGUCUGUUCAUACGUCCACCACCCCUCAUUCAUUCUACGAUAGAUACCUUCCUCAGGCGAGAGAUUAGCCACGGGUCUGCCCUCGACCUCCACCAGAUGGUCGCCCACCCUCAUGCCAGCGUCGAAGGCAUAGCCCUCGAACGCACCCAUGACUAUGAUGCCCGUCGGGUCCUUGCCGCGCUGCGGGAAGGAGGUUCGCUGGGAUGGGGAUGUUGGCGGGGAUGGGGAGGGUGGGGAGGGUGAGGGGGCGAUGCGUUGGGGGAUGGGCUCGGCCGACGCCGUGAAGGGGCGGAGGGUGGAGGCCAUCGGGCCGAUGCUGUCUGCCUUUGGCUUCUCGGCCUCGAGGAUGAGGUCGAUCUCCUUGGUGGCCGUGUCGAUCACCUGUAAGUGAAGGGAAUGGGCGAACAUGCCUCUUGUGUGUGUGUGUGUGCGGUUGGUGGUCGUACGUACCCUUUGUGGCGGGUUUCUGUCGACGGCAAUGACGAGACCCACACCGCCGUAGCGGCCUGCGACAUUCUCACGAAGAUCUGACGCUGCCUGCAAAUAAAAACCAAGGCCGAGGGAUACCGACAGAGUGACACAUUCCGUUCGGAUGGAUGGAUGGAGGCUGUGGUGUGGUGACCUGCAGGUUUUCAAACUCUGUGUAUGGGUCAAGGCUCCUCAGCAUGGCCGUCACGGCCGUGUUGAACAGCUUCUCAGUGUCGACCUUCUCAACGUAACCUGAAUGAACAAUCAUUAGGUACCAAACAACCAUAAUCACUCGACGCCACCCACCGCACGGCACGCACCCAAGUGUCUGGUGCCGCCCAGCCCACCUCUCUCCACAUCCGUCAGGAUGGUCUCGAAGAGCGCCACAGACCGUCUCACGGGCUCGUCGAUCAUCUGCACCGGCGCCAGCAGCAGCCCAAACGUCAAGAUGACUCCAGACACAGCCCCGCCCACAAAGGACCCGAUGCCGCCCCACGGCAGCGAGCGCACAUCAGGGGCAGGCACCGAAAGCGUCCGGUUCAUCACCUCCACUUGCAAGAGGGGGCGAGGGGGGGAGGGGGAGGGGGGAGGGGACACAGACACAGGGGGGGAGGACGCACCGCUCGUCUCGCCGUCCAGACCUAGCCGCUGCCUUAUCGAAGCGAGAGGAUCCGUCUGUGGGGGUGACGGCCUGGUUGUGGCUGGCUCGUCUUUCCUCUUGCCGAUCAGCCCAUCCAGCCAGUUGGUUGUCAAAGGCUCCUGUUGCUUGGUCUGUCUGGUGGGUGGCGGCCCGCCCUGGGUGGUGCCAGCCAGAUCCCUCAGCGAGUCGAUGAAAGACUGUGGCUGCCCGCCGCUCUUGUCCGUCGGCUCGGGCGCAUCCUUCUUGAACAGGGUGCGACGCGUAGACAGGCGAAUCCGCUGUGCGUGCUGCGGCCGGAAUGGCGUCGAGCCGAUGAAAGCCACGUCAGAUAGCGCCCCGCCGAGCGCUUCACUCGCAAGCCAGGCGACAGCGAUGAUCAGACGGAGGCAGGCAGAGCUGCCGGCAAGCCAGGAUGGAUCAUAGGAGGCGAGAAGAGCCAUCGUCAGAGCAGGAGCCGCUCAGCUGAUGAUGUCAGUGCUGUCGUGGAUCAUGCACUAACAGAGAGAUCUGCUUCGGCACGGAUCUCUGUGGCACAGACAAGCACACGCAUCGCAGAUACUCUGCACAGUGAUAGCUCCUG